GCAAAAAUGAACGUAUUUGAGCCAAUUUUUAGGAAAUAUUCAAAAUCUGGCAUACUAUUAAAUUGAAUUGACUGUGAAUGCACCAAUGCACGCACCGAUGGUCCUUGGCAGGGUAAUGUAGAUAAUGAUUAAAGGGUGUCCAUCGGGCGUGGGUCUACGACGACGAAGCGCUGGAGACAUGGACAAGAAGCUGCUCGUGCAGCGUCAGAAUGGUGGCGCGCAGAGUCUCGCAGUGCUUGUUAAGCGCCUUGCGCUGGUCGCGCACACAGUCCUUUCCCGACUUGAGUUGGGCGGUGAUGACGCCGUCGAUGCCGCUGUACUGGAGCUUGUCCAACGAGCCGACCAUCUGCGCCAGCGAGUUCUUGGAUUCGAUCAGUUGGGCCCGCGGAAUAGUCGGCGAGGCGUUGUGCACGGUCACUUGCCACUCGACUUCCUUCACCUUUCGUUCCAGUCGGUUCACGAGCGACUGGAGUUCCGUCAACUGGUCCAAGGCCGACUCGCUCGCAUUGCUGUAGAUGCGCUGACGCGGAGGGAACACGUCCUUGAACAUGGAGUCGGUGGCGGCGGCGAUAGUUUGUGACACCCC